GUCCGGAUAGCCGAUGUCGUGGCGUUGACACACACACAUCGACACCUUGCACCGCAAAGCAGGCCAUCAUGGCCAGCAAAGGUCCCAAUUCGAUGGCGGAAAUCAAGGAGAAAGCGCACGAGACGAAGGAGACGCUCAGAGAGACUGCGAGCUCUGCAGCGCGGUCGGUAGGCUUGCCUGUAGCAGCCAGCAACCCGGAGAGCUUGUCCGGCGCGACAACAGAAUCAGAGCUCGCGAGAUGGCGACGCAAUUUUGAAGCCAACGCCAAAGCAUCGGAGUCUUCAGAUACAAAGUACCUCGAUCUCGAUUCUUUCGUCGACGCGAUAGCGCCCAAAGGCGACCUCAGCGGCAAGAUUGGCAGGCGGCAGUAUGGCAACCUGUUCAGAGUCGCAGAUGCACAACAAAAGGGAAGAAUCAGUUUCGAAGAGUUUGCCGCCUUUGAAGCGCUCCUCAAGAAGCCAGAUGCAGAUUUUGAGGUGGCUUUCAAGUUCUUCGACCUCGACGGCUCCGGCACGAUCACAUUUGACGAAUUCAAAAACGUCUUUGCUGCCAAUCUCGGUCCUGAUGCCAUUCCUUUCGACUUUGACUCACCCUGGGUGCAUUUGUACCUCGGCAAACGCGCUGGCAAUCACGUUCUGGGCUAUCAAGAGUUCACACAGCUCAUGAAGGGUCUUCAAGGCGAACGAUUGAGACAAGCGUUUCACUACCUUGACAAGGAGAGCACGGGCUACGUCACCGUCGAGCAAUUCUCGCGCAUCAUCAACGAGCUGGCCCGACACAAGCUGUCCGAAUCAGUUCUCGAGCGAUUGCCAACCAUUGCGUCUCUGACACCCGGCGGCAAAGUGUCUUAUUCAGAAGCAAUCGCUUUCCAUAAUGUCAUACGUGAGAUGGACAUGGUCGAGAAAGUCAUCCGAGAUGCGAUUGCAAAGUCGUCUGAUGGCAAAAUCGAUCGUAAGGACUUCCUCAACUCCGCCGCCCAGUCUACGCGAUACGGCAUCUUCACGCCCAUGGAAGUCUCAAUCAUCUUUCACUUUGCGGGCAUGGGGUCAGAAGAUCCUCGACUCAAGCUCAGUCAGUUUGCUCAGCUUCUCGAUCCAAAGUGGGAACGGCCCGUCAUGGGCGAACCCGAGCCAUUGACGACCUCGAUUCUCACCGACAUUGCAAAGUCAGCCUAUAAUUUCUGUCUGGGCGGCAUUGCAGGCGCGACAGGCGCGACGGCCGUAUAUCCCAUCGAUCUCGUCAAGACACGAAUGCAGAAUCAAAGGAGUAAAGUCGUUGGCGAAUUGCUCUAUAAAAACAGUCUCGAUUGCGUCCGAAAGGUUUAUAAGAACGAGGGCUUUGCCGGCUUUUACCGCGGCCUGCCGCCGCAGCUCAUUGGUGUCGCGCCUGAGAAGGCGAUCAAACUGACGAUGAACGACCUUGUGCGGCGGAAAACGAAGGAUCCAGAGACAGGCAAAGUGCCGUUGAUCUGGGAGCUGGUUGCCGGCGCGACAGCAGGAGCAUCGCAAGUCGUCUUCACAAACCCGCUCGAAAUUGUCAAGAUUCGGUUGCAAAUGCAGGGCGAGGCGGCAAAGACGAGAGGAGCAGAGAACAUCAAGCGCGGGGCACUACAUAUCAUCCGUCAGCUUGGCCUGAUAGGCCUUUACAAAGGCUCUUCGGCAUGUCUCUUGCGAGAUGUGCCCUUUUCGGCAAUUUACUUCACUGGCUACUCUCACCUCAAGUCUGAUAUCUUCCACGAGGGCCGCGAUGGCAAGAAGCUCGGCUUCGGCGAGACACUUGCGGCCGCCUCCAUUGCUGGCAUGCCAUCGGCAUAUCUGACGACGCCCGCCGACGUGAUCAAGACGCGAUUGCAAAGUGAGGCGCGUAAAGGCGAGUCGACAUACAAAGGCCUCAUGGACGCUGGCACAAAAAUCUUUCAAGAAGAAGGCGCGCGGGCGCUGUUCAAGGGAGGACCUGCGCGAGUUCUGCGAUCUUCGCCCCAGUUCGGUGUCACCUUGGUCGCAUAUGAAUACUUGCAGGCAGCGUUGCCAUAUCCAGGCAGCAAAAAGCCAAGCAGCUUGCUGGCAAGCAGCGAGGACAUUACCCGCAUCAGGGCUCGCAAUGCUCUGAGAGUGUUGCUAGACGCGCAUUCUGAUUGGGGAGCACGGGGAACGCAGGGCGUCAAACGAUCAUAGACGUUCGCAUUGCAUCUCUUGUACUCUCGUCAUUGU